AUGGACCAAACAGCCGCGGCAGCAGCAGCUGUAGGCCUUCGUGAGAAAACCGAGGCCUCUGGCUUGAGGGCAGGUGUUGGGGCUGAGCUCGGCCUUGUCACUGCCAAGGGGAACAAGGAUAACGCGGAUCACAAGAGUACCUUUCACGGGUCGAAUCGGAGCGGGUCGAUCCAUGACCUUGUCCGUGCUGUGACUAGUUUCGGUGUCCUCAGGAAAAAACGAAUGACCAGACAGAGGCGAUCCUCCACCAUCAACUUUCACGACCUCCCUUCUUUCGCGGCAGCUGCUGCUUCCUCUACCCGCUCGCACGUGCUACCACCGCCCUCCACUCUCCCUCCUGGACGUGUAAUUGAUCCAACACGGCUGCGAUUUCUUUUCCAAAAAGAGCUCAAGAAUAGUGAUGUGAGCCCUCUCAGAAGAAUGAUACUCCCCAAGAAAGCAGCCGAGGCUCAUCUCCCUACCCUCGAAUCAAAGGAAGGAAUGGCAAUCAACAUGGAUGACAUAGAUGGUCUGCAUGUUUGGAGCUUCAAGUACAGGUUUUGGCCUAAUAACAACAGCCGAAUGUAUGUACUUGAAAAUACUGGUGACUUUGUUAAUGUACAUGGCUUACAGUUUGGAGAUUACAUCAUGGUUUACCAAGAUAAUCACAACCAGAAUUACGUUAUUCAGGCAAGAAAGGCAUAUGACCAAGAUCAUGUAUACGGAGACAUAAAUGGUAUGAACAAUGCGGUGAACGACUGCUAUAUGCAGGAAUCUGAGGCUAACAAGUUCAGUUCAAGUUCGUUUUACAUGCCGAAAAUGGAAGAGGAUAUGACUGCGGGCAUGUCAUUUGUGUACGACACCACCACCUUCUCAAACGACUCGCUGCUUGAUUUUUUCGGGGGAUCAAUGAUGACAAACUACUCCAGAAAUGGGUCUCUGCAUGAGAGUUUCGGAUCUGUUGAAAACUUGUCUCUUGACGACUUCUAUUAA